UAAUCGAUUUAUCUAGUUUUGGGCUAGUCAGAAGUGAUUUGACAAUAUUUUUCAAAAUAUUGCUCAUGUCUUAAUGCUCAUAUCUUAAUAACCGACUAGCGGUCUAAAUAUCAUCUGCCAUAAAUAUUUUUGGCAUACCUAUUUAUCAACUGGUCUCACACAAAUAACAUCGUUUACUCCUUAAAAGUAUAUAAGGUAUAUUAUUGUAUGUCGUGUAGGAACUUCUCAAAAUUAUUUGAGAAAAAAAUGUUUUUUUGGGCUGCAUGGAUAACUGAGACCGGCACACAGGCGUACAGGCUGUACAUGUAUAUGUUGUGUGUUCCACGAAUGAUUGUUGUGAGCAUUCAAUCGAUUUCUCUAAUUGUUACUUUCGUUCAAUUUCACCAUAUUAAUCAACUAACACACACGCAUUAUUUUCUUCCGGCCUUCUCUAUCUAUAACAUGUGUCCACUUUAAAGGUCAAAGACAAAUACACAAGAACAUUGACAUUAAUCAGAUCUAUUUGCGUGGUAGUCCUUGUAACAUAACAAGUGUACAUUGUGUACAUUCAUCUCUCAUGUCAUUGGUCGUCGGGGUGGGUGUCGGCGCCAAGCCUAAGGCGAUAUUUUGGCCAUAUAAAAUAGAUGAACAUGAUAUCAAUUCAUAUCAUACGGUCUUUGGAUCUUAUUAGAUACACUUCCAGCAAUGGCAUUCAAGUUCGUAGUGUUCGCUUGCUUGGUGGCAGCGGCCAGCGCAGGACUCCUGCCCGCCCACGUCACGUACGCCGCCCCAGCCGCGCACGUUGUACACGCCGCCCCGGUAGCGUACGCCGCACCCGUCGCUAAGGUGCUGGCGCCCGUCGCCAAGGUUGCCGUCGAGGAGUACGCGCACCCCAAGUACAGCUUCGCUUACGACGUGCAGGACGGUCUCACCGGAGACUCCAAGUCCCAGCACGAGAGCCGCGACGGAGACGUUGUCCAGGGCUCCUACUCCGUGGUCGACCCCGACGGCACCAAGCGCACUGUUGAGUACACCGCUGACGACCACAACGGAUUCAACGCCGUCGUGCACAGAGAGCCCCUCGCUCAUGCCGCUAAGAUCGUCGCCCCCGUCGCCAAGGUGGUCGCCCCUGUAGCCUACCACGCUGCCCCUGUCGUCCACGCCGCUCCCGUGGCCUACCACGCCGCCCCUGUCUACCACGCCGCCCCUGUCGCCUACUCCGCUCCCAUCUACCACCAUUAAAAUGGCCGUAGAGUUAUCAAACACCAAAUUAGAACUGAUGAAAUAAGUAAAUAAAUUAUAAUUAUAGAUUGA